AUGGACUUUUUUUCUUUUCCCACCCCAGAACUUGGCUGGAUCUCCAAAGUGCAUGUGAAUCGACCUGCAGUUGUGAGGCAUGCAGAACAAAUUAAAAAAUGGAAAACUGUGAAAGGUAAUUGGCAAGCUGCUUGGCUGCUGAAAGCUGUCACCUGCAUAGACCUUACCACUCUUUCAGGUGAUGAUACGCCUUCAAAUGUUCACAGACUGUGUUUUAAAGCAAAGCAUCCCAUCAGAGAGGAUCUGCUGAAAGCCUUGGAUAUGCAUGAUAAAGGUAUUACUGUUGGAGCAGUUUGUGUAUAUCCUGCAAGAGUCACUGAUGCUGUUAAUGCCCUAAAAUCUGCUGGUUGUUACAUACCAGUAGCUUCAGUGGCUGCUGGGUUUCCAUCUGGACAAACUCCUCUAGAAACCAAACUGGCUGAAAUAAAGCUAGCUGUGGAAUAUGGUGCCAGAGAAAUUGACAUUGUCAUUAGCAGGACUCUGGUGCUGACUGGCCAGUGGGAAGGUCUCUAUGAGGAGAUCCGUCAGUGCCGUGAGGCCUGUGGAGAAGCUCAUAUGAAAACAAUCUUGGCAACAGGUGAACUGGGGUCCCUUGCUAAUGUCUACAAAGCCAGUAUGAUAGCUAUGAUGGCAGGUUCUGAUUUUAUAAAGACGUCUACAGGAAAGGAGGUUGAAAAUGCAACCUUUCCAGUCGGAGUGGUCAUGAUGAGAGCGAUUAGAGAAUUCUACUGGCAAACUGGCAUCAAGGUUGGAUUUAAACCUGCUGGGGGCAUUCGGACAGCAAAAGAAGCCAUUACUUGGCUUAUGCUGGUGAAGAAUGAACUGGGAGUGGAAUGGCUAACACCAGAGCUCUUUCGCCUAGGUGCCAGUAGUUUGCUGGAAGAUAUUGAGAAACAGAUUUUCUAUCAUGUGACUGGCUCUUACGCACUUCCACAAGACCUGGCAAUGGCUUAGACACAAAAUCAACUAAGCAUUACUUUCAUAAGAGGGGUCUUUAAGCAAACAGCAUUCAGAAUUCUUCUGACAACCAAGUGCAUAUGAUAGAAUUAAAGGCCUAAUUCUCCUUUCUGCAUAUUUUAUAGUAUUUAAAAAUAUGC